AAAACGUCACAUUUCCGGGAACUCUGACGCUUUCUGACCGAAAGUUUGUCCCACUGCCCGGUGAAAGCUGCACCGACGACGAGCGGCCCUGAAGCCUCAAACUUCACACUUAAUGCCGGACUUUGCUGAGUGAACCAGACUUCCUUCCUUGUGAUUCCCCUCAGAAGCUGAGUCGGUCCUGAGUGUCAUUAUGAGAUGUUGUCUCCAAGCACCUCCUUCGUGCAAAUCAAGUUUGACGAUAUCCUCUUUUACGAGAACUGCGGCGGCGGCAGCUUCGGAAGUGUGUACCGAGCCAGGUGGAUCUCCCAGGACAAAGAGGUGGCAGUGAAAAAACUGCUCAAGAUUGAAAAUGAGGCUGCAAUUCUCAGUGUCCUCAGCCACCGUAACAUCAUCCAGUUUUAUGGCGCAAUUGUUGAGGCUCCCAACUAUGGAAUUGUCACGGAGUAUGCAAGUGGUGGAUCGCUGUAUGAUUACCUGUCCAGUGCUGAGAGUGAGGAAAUGUACAUGGGACAGAUCAUGACGUGGGCCGCCGAGAUCGCCAGAGGAAUGCACUAUCUACAUUCAGAGGCCCCCUUUAAGGUGAUCCACAGAGACUUAAAGUCCAGGAAUGUUGUUUUGGCAGCAGACAAGGUUCUCAAGAUCUGUGAUUUUGGGGCAUCUAAGUUCCUGACCCACACAACACACAUGUCCUUGGUGGGUACGUUUCCCUGGAUGGCUCCCGAGGUGAUCCAGAGCCUGCCUGUGUCUGAGACUUGUGACACGUUCUCCUAUGGUGUGGUGCUUUGGGAAAUGAUCACCCGUGAGAUACCCUUCAAAGGCCUGGAAGGCUUACAGGUGGCCUGGCUCGUGGUGGAGAAGAAUGAGAGGUUAACCAUCCCCAGCGGCUGUCCUGUCAGCUUUGCUGAGCUCUUGAGGAACUGCUGGGCAACAGACCCAAAGGAAAGGCCAAUGUUCAAGCAGAUACUCUCUACUUUGGAGUCCAUGUCUAAAGACAGUCAACUUCCUCAGCAGUGCAACUCUUUCCUUCACAACAAGGCUGAAUGGAGAUGUGAGAUAGAAGCCACUCUUGAGAGACUUAAGAAGCUGGAGAGAGACCUGAGUACCAAAGAGCAGGAGCUGAAGGAGCGAGAGCGGCGUCUAAAGAUGUGGGAGCGCAAACUCAUCGAGCAGUCCAACAGUCCGUUGCUGCCCACCCUUGACAUCUACACUUGGACGGAGGAGCAUGUGUAUUUCUGGAUGCAGCAAAUAUUUGGCACAGGAGAGGGUACGCAUGGCAUGCAGCUGUAUGCCGACCUGUUUAAAGAAAAUCACAUCACUGGAAAGAGGUUACUGUUGCUGACGGAAAACGACAUGAGGGACAUGGGGGUCAAGUCCAAAGGUCACAUCAUGCACCUUAAGUGUGAAAUUGAAAAGCUGACUAAUGACUACCUCGGGUUUGUCCACUUCCCACCUCUGCUGAAGGAGGAGCUGGAGAAUGAGGUGGAGAGGAAUAAAACUGUUAAUCUGGAGCUGGUGUUUGGGUACCACUGGAAACCAGGAACUGGGAGAUCUGACUGCAAAUGGAAGAUGUACAUUGAACUUGAUGGAGAUGACGUUGCAAUAACCUACAUCAAAGAUAUCGUCUUUAAUGCCAACCGUCAGGAUGUGGAAGUGCUGCGAAUGACUAAGCCACCUUUUGUGAUGGACAAAUGGAUUGUUGGGAUACAGGACAACCAGCGAGUGGACUACACGGUCAAUUAUGAGAAUGAUGUGAAGUCUCCAAAGUCCACCAGACACAGCUGUCCAGUGACGUGGAAUCUCGGUGGUGGGCAAGACGAGAUCAAGACUGUGGAGCUGGUUAUCGAAGCAACACCAACUACCUUUGACUGGAACCCCAGAGACAAGUGUAACUUGGAAAUUGAUCCCACGUGGAUGUAUAGUGUAAGGCUGAAGCAAUUAAUGGCCCAGAAAUCCCAGCAGUCGACUCCUGCUCUGACUGCCUUCAAUAGCUCUGAUGCCCGCACUCUGCCUCAGUUCCUGUCUGCACAUGAACGCCAGGUGUUUUCUUAUGCUGCAGCUGUGCGCCGCUCUCCAAACCGCAUCCAUGCAUCCCCCUGGACUGACUCACGCAGCUCCUCGCCAACUGCCAGCCUGUCGACCAAACUCGCCCCGCUCCAUCUUGGGUCAAAGGGCAGCAGCCCUUCCAGUACUACGUCAGAGAGCGCCUCAGAAAGGGAACGAGAGCGCCCACUCAGUGCUGGAGCAGUGCAAGAUUACCGCAGAAACAACUACUUUGGAAACACAUUAUCUGCGGGAGGGGGUCAGGGUAGGGGGUAUGCAUGGACCAAUGCUAGAGGUAACUACGCUCAUAACAAAACCAGCAAAACCUGGAGACAGCCAGGGAGGCCACGGUCCAACAGUUACAGCGUCACACCACAGAACCGCUCCUCUAUGAUUCCAGGUAUUUUGUCUGUGACAGAAAACCCCAAGGAGGAAACAGAGGGGGCCAAAGCCAGCGACGGAGGGUGGAUCAAAGUGGAGCGACAGAAGAGAUUAUCACGUCAGGACAAUAAACAAGUCAGAGGUCGACAGAGGAGAGGGGGCAGGGGAGGGCGCGGCGCUGGUGGAAGAACUUAAUGUGGGCCACACAUGAACUGACAGCUUCUGUGCUGAAUGUUAAAGGGUUUGACACAUAAAUUAUGUCUGCUUAUAUGCUCAGAAAUGAACUGCAUGUUGUGAGAGAAUCACACUGAUGCCUACGAUGUAUAAACACUGUGUGUAACUGUAAGCUUUUUGUUUUUAAAAACAAGCUCCUGUCAGGUUAAUAAAAAUGAGCCUAUGGUCAGCGUUUAUUUAUUACAAAGUCCUUGUUAUAUUAAAGUUCUUGUUCUU